AUGUCAACAUCGUCGGAAAGGGUGGAAUGGGUGGAAAUCAUCGAGCCCAGGACGAAGGAGCAUAUGUACGCCAAUCUAACCACGGGCGAAUGUGUGUGGGAUCCGCCAGAGGGUGUCAACAUAAAGCGUACCGAUGCGUCGCAGUGGUGGGAGCUGUUCGACACGAACACAUGCCGGUUCUACUACUACAACGUUGCCUCACAGAAGACGGUGUGGCACCGGCCGCAGAACUGUGAUAUUAUCCCGCUGGCCAAGCUGCAGACGCUGAAGCAGAACACGGAUCCGAGCGAUCGCAAAGAGGGCGGCACACUGCCGCACCACCAUCACCACCAUCAUCACCACCAUGGCAGUGGCGGCAGCGGCGGCAGUAGUGGCGGCGCCGGCGCCGGUCUCGGAAGUUUGGGUUCCAUCGGCCCCACGAAGUUGGGCGGCGGCGGUGGCGGUGUCGGUGGCGGCAGCGGAACGGUGGGCAAGUCUUGCGGCCAUCGGACGGCGACGGGCGUGACGGAUUACCGGGACCGCGACCAUCACCAUCGGAGCUCGAGUUCCGGCCAUCGGCGCGGAGGCGGCGGUCCGCUCGACCAGCGCAGCAACAGCGAACUCCUGGCCAGCCCCCAAGGAAGACACAGCCUGCAGCACAGGUUGCCGCCGAAAAUCAUUACCUCGCCACUGACUGAUGGCAGCCACUCGUCGAUCGGUCGGCUGGAUUCGCACAAAUUUUGCAGACACGGACAUCACCCGCUACCGUGCAGUGGCGGUGGCGGCGGUCGGGGCGGGUGUGGUGCGGAUGGGAGUAUGGCACCACCACCACCGCCGCCGCUGCUGUCGUCAGGAUCGAUGCGCAGCAGCCAGCGCUACCAUCAGCCGGCGAUCGGUGUCACCAAUCAUCACCACCACCACCAGCACCACCCACACCAUCAUUACUCCUCCCAGCAGCGGAACCACCCGGAGCGGGGAUCGAUCCGAUCGACGGACGGUAGCCUUUCGAACAGUUACCGCCGAUUGCACGGGACCGCCGACAGCAGUGUCCCCGAGUCUUCGACGGGCGGCAGUCUUCUGCGGUACGGCAGCGGCGGUUCCAGUGGCUACGGCACCAACGGUGGUGGCCACGGCCCCGGCGGUGGUGGUGCUGGUGGUGUCGCAGGUGGUACGGGUAGUAGAAAGCACAAUGUCGACAGUAGUAGUGGCUACCGGAUGCUGCAGGAAAGCUCCAGCUCACACAACAUUCCCCACUCGGUGAUAGUUCCUUCACCUUCGACCGGAGCACCAGCGACAGCAGCAUCGUCCAUCAGUAGCACCGAAAAGCUGGCCACCCUGUCUUCCCUACACCAUACGCCCGCGUUGCCACCGCCGCACCACCAGAUGCUGUCCUACUCGGUGUCGAACUCGUCGGACCUGGCCGGUGGUGGCGGUGGAAGUCUUUCGUCUCCAUCGCACUCGAUGAGUACGCCACAGUUCAAGAAAAAGUUCAUGCACGACGGAGGAGCCGGAGUUGGUUCAUCGAAAUCAUCCUCGAAGGAGGGAAACCUGGGCGCUGGAGGAAUGGUGUCCAAGCACGAAAGCUUCGACUAUGGUGGAAAUCCUGCCGCAUCGUCGAUCGCACUGACACGUUCCGGAAGCUUCUUGUCGUCGGCUGGAAUCACCAGUGGUGGCGUCGGUGGAUCGAGUGCCCACGGAACACCAACGUCUGGUCGACCGUACGGUGCAGGUGGACCGACCGGAAGUGGUGGCAGCCACCACUCUUCCGGGGGAUCGCAUCGUAAGGGAAGUUUCGAAGGCAAUGGAGGUGCCGGAACCGGUGGAGGUGGUGGUGCUGGUGCUGGUGGAGGAGGCAGUGACGAUUCGAUGCACGAGAAGUACUUCAAGUCGGUUGAAAAUACGCCCCUUAGCCGGCGUCGCCACUCGUCCUCGUCCAAAUCUCCCUUGCAGCAGCAGAAACAGUCGAGCGAUUCUAGUCCACAAAGUCCACUCAGUCCACCCCAGCAGCAGCAGCAGCAGCAACAGGCCAAAGUGCAGCGUCCUUCGGCACUGUCCGUGGAGCUGGCGCCACCAUCGCCCGGCAGCAGUUACCAGCAACAGAGCACCGGCAGCAGCAACAGUAAAUCUAGUCACAAAGCGAGCAAUAGCAACAACGCAUCCGAGAACGAGCCAAAGUUUGGCAAUGCGGACGGUGGUGGCGGUGGCGCUGGAAUGCCGGACAAGUAUCUGGACAAGGUGCGGCUCGACCAGCGACCGGGCAAGAUUUCGCCGGGGGCGGUUUCGCUCGGGGGCAAGCAAUCGCCGUACCUAGCGAGCGGUGGCGGUAUUGGCGGUGGCUCGGCAGCCUCCUCCUCUAGUCAUCUGCUAGAACAACCGCCACCAAACAGGGGCAAGCAGCCAGGCCUCCAGGGCGACAACAGCUCGGUGCCCGGUGGAAAGGAUCAAUUUUCGCUCAAUCUCAAUCAACCGAAUCUUGAGCGGCACAACAAGGAAAUGCUGCGGCAGCACGAACAAACGCUCGAAAAGAAACCGGGAUCCGGAUCGACGCAGACCGUCGCCUCGAACAGCUCGUCAACGGCGAAGCACGGGAUGAAAAAGUCCCGGAACUACAACAAUCACGGCGGCCACGGUGGCCACGGUGGUCACGGUGGUGGUGCCGGUACUGGGUUCGAUUUUGAUUACGACAAUGGCAACACCUCGCCGUUGUACUGCAAUUGGGAUAAGGAAAUGCAGGAACAUUUACUUCCGCUGCAGCACUACAUACUGGAGCAGGCGAAACUGUCCGGCUCGUACGGUUUCGGUGAGUUAGACUCGGAUUCCUUCCACUCCGACAGUCAAUCGGAGCACUCGUUCUCCGGCCACGAGCCUGACAACGAAGACUCGGAUCACUCCGAUGGGCACGGCGAUUAUCUGGCACACUACCCGUACGAGGAGUACGGUGCCCGACACGCACAGGACGGUGGCGUUUCGUACUACAACUUUGAGUUCAAUUUCGGUGACCGCGAAGAAAAGGAGGACAUAUCCGAGGAGGUCACUGCCAAGUUGGAGAGCAUUCCAGAUCAGAUCUACAGCCCGGUCAAGAAUCAUCCGCCGCUACACAAAUACCCGUCGUCAGCAUUCCAGGCCCCCAAACACGAUGUGGUGGGACCCGCCGAUGCCCUCGAUCGUGGCACAUCGAACGACAGUAGCCGAUUAGGUGGCAUUGGGACGUUCGGCUCGAAAACUUCCUACCUACAGCAGAUGGCUGGACAGAAACAGCAGCAGCAACAACAACAACAACAGCAGCACCAGCACCAACAGCUAGGGAUCGCAGGACAGCAGCAACAACAAAAACUCACCAAAGCCACGCUGCUGCAACGCUUCCAAGAUAAUCUCUCGCUGGGCCACAGUCCAGUGUCGGGCAGCAAUGGCAAGAUAGCGGAGAUGGCGCUGCUUAAAGAGUGCGACAUUGAGAAGUUCGCCCAGGACAACCUGAACUUACACUCGAAGGGGAUCUUCCGGAAGAAAUCGUCCGUGAGGGAUAUGCUCAGUUGGACGUCGAACGCGAUCAGCCGGCCAAUGUUGUCGCUAGCACGGGAUAAAGCGGGUAAGAAGAUGGCCACCGAUCUGUUCAAGCUGGUGCAGAUCUACAUGGGUGAUCGUAAGGCGCGAAUCGGUAUGAGCCUUAACUCGGUGGCGAUCGACAUUGUAACGAUGGCGAUGGCACAGGCGCAGCUACGUGACGAGCUCUACAUUCAGAUGUGCCGUCAAACGACGGAAAACCCCAGCCGCGAUUCGCUGAUCCGUGGCUGGGAGCUGAUGGCGAUCUGCCUUUCGUUCGUGCCACCAUCGCCGACGUUUCAACCAGCACUGCUGGGCUACAUUAACCGGCAUCGGGAUCCGUCGUUUGCCACGAGCUUCCCGGAGGUCGGCAAAUGGCCGAUCCACGUGCAGAUUUCACACUACGCUACGAUCGCAUGCAGACGCCUAGAUCGCAUCGGCAGCUCGGGCCGGAAGCAGGCCAAACGGCCAACCGAAGACGACAUCAAUCAAGCGCGGGAGCAAAUCUUCCGCGACAGUAUGUUCGGCAAUACGCUUCAGGAGGUGAUGGAGCUGCAGAGGGAACGCUUCCCCGAUCGGCAACUACCGUGGAUUCAAACGACGCUUUCCGAACAGGUGUUGCUGUUGAGCGGAAAACAGACCGAAGGCAUUUUUCGUGUACCGGCGGAUGUGGAUGAAGUUAACAUGCUGAAGAAUCGGAUCGAUCGUUGGGAAUUUCCGGAAAACAAGGGAACGAUGGACGCUCACGCUCCGGCUAGUUUGCUAAAGCUGUGGUACCGUGAACUGUAUGAUCCUCUGAUACCGGAUGAACUGUACGACGAGUGCGUCCAAACGGAGGACCCAGCGGAGGCGGCGGCCAUUGUAGAAAAGUUACCAAAGAUCAACCGAUUGGUUUUGACGUUUUUGAUACACUUCCUGCAACAGUUUGCACUGCCGGAUGUCGUUGCCAACACGAAGAUGGAUUCGUCGAACCUGGCGAUGGUGUUUGCGCCGAAUCUGCUCCGAUGCCAGUCGCAGGAUCCAAAAGUGAUCCUCGAGAAUGCCCGCAAAGAGAUGACGUUUAUGCGCACGUUGAUUCAGCAUAUGGAUACGGCCAGCGUAGCGUACAUGGUUUGAAGAGCUAGGGUGAGAAAGAUGUUUACAUUCAUACAGGUUCAAGAUUCGUACAAUCGUUUCUUUAUUGGAUCAAAUCUCCGUGCGGUAUCGACGAUCACUGCAGAAGUAGUACACGGAAUGGACAGGUAUCCAUUCUGCUGGUACGCUUUUGUGAUAUUGUUCACGGCAUAAGCUUUUAAGCUCAAUGGUUCGAAAAAGUCAAUAACUUUGGCCGUUGAUUUUUUGGCAGCUUCGAAUCGUAUUUUUCAUUUCCAAAGUAGAACACUUACAAUCUACGAAUACAGCAUUCGCAGUCAACCCGUUUCGGCAAGCGAGUUCCGAUUUUAUUGUGCACAGGCGAAAAGUUACCCAGUAUCCCAGUAUGUAAGUAUGCGAUUGAAUCAGAAAAGCAAUUGUUUGAUGUUUGUAUGCAAACCAAUAGUGCUGAAUCACGAACAGAACGCGAUAUGUCAUAAUAGCAUAAAUAACACAUCUACACCAACAUACAUGGUCUGGUUGCUAUGGUGGAGACGAAGAAGCCUUCUUAGCAACGGUGUUAGAAUUCACUUUUGUUAAUGUCAAAUUAUGCAUUUGGCGUCGCAAUAGAUUAAAAUUGUAAACUUUCUAUACUAUGACCAUUCUUGGCUCACGCAAACUCCUCUGAUACUGCUAAAAUGGAAAGUAAAACAUCACACCCUAACGCAUUACAAACCCGUCGUUGGGUCACAUAAACUUGAAUGCUUUUCAAAAUGCGAAAUGCACCGGGACCGUGAGGAGAAGUAAAAGUUUCACUCAAAUUCAGUUCUCCAUAUGCGAAGGCGCGUAUCAGCAACAAAUAAACAAGCAACGUUGAAAAGCAAAGUUAUCACAAGCCAAGUCAAUGCGCGUGCUAGCAGAAGCAAGCAACGCUUAAGAAACAAUUCUGAAUUCACAAGUGUAAAAAAAAACAAAUGUGAGCAAACGCAGAGUGAAUCUAUCAUGCGUUGGAAGGGUAGUUGCGAGAGUUGAGUGAAAAGGGCGAAUAAAUAAUGAUUGCUCUCGAACACUGUUAUCAUCAUCGAAGCGAGAAACUGGCAUGACAUGUGGAGUCACGUUUCGUUCAUUUGCGCUCGAGCGUGUUAGUAGAUUUCAAAGCUAGAAUAGCCCGGGGUUCCAACGAGUUACUAGCUGCCUAGACCUUUCGUUACCGUUUCUUGUUUAGUUCCUGUGCGCGGAACAAUAGGUGACAACAAAUCGGUAGCAUGCGUUUUUUUGUAUUUAAUUUGCAAAAGGUUUGUUUCUUACCAAAAUUACUUCUACCGUUCUAUGUGUAAGUUUUUUUUUGUAUCAUCUCAUCUUUGUGUAUAGCUUCACAAUUGGUCUGUAAGUCGUUUGUUUGUUCUUCGUUUCAACAAUACCAUUGAUUUGCGUGUAAGGUAAACUUACUUUAAGGUACGCUGCGCGCGAACGAAAAGUGAGUCAAAACCCAAUCAUCCAGUACAAAAUGGGUUUGGAUAGCAAUUGAAGAUAUUUCUUGCAAAUCGCCUACAAAGCACGUGCUCUCGCGUUUCGAUUCAUCUCAUAAAAUUGGUGGGUUUUGUGAUGCGGCUUUGGUCUUUGCACGAUCAGUGCUUAAAGGCGCAACAGCAAAGACCUGUGUUACGAGGCGGCCGAUGCGGAAGCAAUAUAUCGAAACAAAAAGCGAUAUCGAAAUGCAAUUACAGCGACCAGGCAGAGCUGCGCUUACCCUUCUAUAAAACAACCUAAUCGUGGAAACGAAGGCUAAUCAUAAACUAUUUUAUGAGCUCGUAAGUAGUAAAGCAAACGGGAAAAGGCAAGCAAAGAAACAACAACAAAAACAAAGCAAAAGAAAGCAAAAAAUGCUGAGAUAAUAUAUAUAUAUAUAUAUAUAUUCUAUAUUGAGAGAAGUUUAACGCAAAAGCAAAAAAAAACAAAACCCAAUUAAUAAUUUAUUACGACGAAACAAGUAAACGAACAGCAGCAGUUAAAAUAGCAUGAGAAAACGGAUGGCGAAAAGCCGAUGAGUUUAACAUGGCGCAACUAUAAUGCUCUAAUAAAAG